AUGCCUGCAAUCCCACUUCGACAAGUAUCGGCGAGAAGCGGUGCAGCAGUACGCGUUGCACAGGGCCAUACAAUCAAGAUCAUCAAUACCAAAGGAACGCAGGUAGUGGAUUUCUGGACGCUCAAUGAUGCAAACCCAGAAGAGAGCCUUUCCAUGGCUCAUACGCAUGGCGCUUUAUGCAGAGUCACCCCACGCGUAAACGACACCAUGUACAGUAAUCUGUCCAGGCCGAUGAUGAUUCUUACGGAGGAUACCAGUGCUGGUGUCCACGAUACCCUGAUCUCACCAUGUGAUGCAGGAAGAUACAAGUUGCUGGGUGCUGAAGGGCCACAUCCAAGCUGCACUGACAAUUACAAAAUUGCCUUGCAGCAGUACGGGUCUGUCAGCAGCCAGAUAAUGGACAGAACGCCGCCUGCUCCUUUGAAUUUGUUCAUGAAUGUCAAAAUUGAGAGUGACGGGCAACUGACUUUUGGGGCGCCUGUAAGUGAGGCUGGCCAGUACGUUUGCCUGAAAAUGCUCAUGGACUCAAUUGUGAUCAUGAGUGCUUGUCCAAUGGAUCUGAGAGCGACGAACAAUUGGAAUCCUUCAGAGUUCAACUACAUUGUGUUGGGCUAA